GAUAGGAAACGUAUGCAAUACAUAAAUAUUGCACAUCGCUGUAAUUAGCCGCCGAAAGCAAGCAUACAUGCAUAUUCAACACGUGUCAUUAACACGUCAUGCAUUUACAUUAUGUUCAUUUGUUCAUCAAGGUUUAAUUAGGCAGUCGGUAGCCGUUUACAGCUAAUAGGCGGAAGUUAUCGUUUAACCGAUUCGGUUUCGACAAUCGCUUGAAUAGUGAGUAGAUAGGAAAGUUUGGCAAGCUUCGCGCGACAGUUUACGCGCUACGUGAGAUGCGCACGAGUGCCGCGCGACGCACCUGCGCCAGUCCCGCCGAGCGCUGCCGCCGCACGAGCGGUCUCCGUGCUGAGCACACUGACUGACUGAGUGCCCUAGUGACUACUAACUUGUGCGUGACCGUGAACUGCUGACACCGCACCAUGGACCUCAGCCAGAGACGGCGCGAGCCGACGUCGUGGCUGGUGUACCCGGCGUCGCGGCUGGCGCGCCUGCUGCAGGCCUCCGCGCCGCCGCCGCCCCGGCCCUCCGUCAUCACAGUGUCGGGGCGCGGUGACGUCAGCCACUUCUUCAACACACAGAUGGUGCUCGACCUGAACGAGGAAUCCGGCGAACUCAUCAAGUCGCCGUCGCCGCCGCCCAGCCACGACGGGUCGGCGAGCGGCGAGGGCGACAUCAGCGGCGACGAGCGGCCGCCGUCCCCCCCGCGCGCGCCCUCCGCCCCGCUGCCGCACCCCGCGCACCCCGCGCACCCCCCCGCGCACCCGCCGCACGUCGCCAGCGCCGCCGCCGCCACCGCCGCUGUCUUCAACGCGGCGGGCGCCGGCAGCGCGCUGGCGCAGCUGCAGCACCUGCUGCUCACCCAGCACGGCGCGCACUCGCUGCUGCUGCACACACAGGUGCAGCAGGCGGUGGCGCAGGCGGCGGCGCAGCAGCUGCAGCAGCUGCAGGCGCGCGCCGUGCCCUCCUCCGUCGCCGGCACCUCGCCGACCUACAAAUACAUACAAGAGGGCCGGUCGCCGUCCCCGCGCCGCACGCCGCCCGGCGCCGGCGCCUUCCUCACGCCGCACACGCCGGGGCCGGGCCGCGCGCGCUCGCCGCACGCGCACGCGCACACGCCGCUGCACGCGCACGCGCACAAGCCGCGCGCGCUCGACCCCACCGCUGACGACACCGCCGACCUCGAGGAGUUGGAACACUUCGCCAAGACCUUCAAGCAGAGACGCAUCAAACUCGGCUUCACGCAGGGCGACGUCGGCCUCGCGAUGGGCAAGCUGUACGGCAACGACUUCUCGCAGACGACGAUAUCCCGGUUCGAGGCGCUCAACCUGAGCUUCAAGAACAUGUGCAAGCUGAAGCCGCUGCUGCAGAAGUGGCUGGAGGACGCGGACUCGUCGCUGGCGGGCGGCGGCGCGGGCGCGGGCGGCGCCGCGGCGCUGGGCGCGGGGCUGGCCGAGGCCGUGGGCCGGCGCCGCAAGAAGCGCACGUCCAUCGAGUCGGGCGUGCGCGUGGCGCUCGAGAAGGCCUUCCUGCACAACCCCAAGCCCACCAGCGAGGAGAUCGCGGCGCUGGCCGACGCGCUCUGCAUGGAGAAGGAGGUGGUCCGCGUGUGGUUCUGCAACCGGCGCCAGAAGGAGAAGCGCAUCAACCCGCCGGCGGGCGAGACGCCGCUGGCGGGGCACGCGCACGCGCACGCGCACGGGCACGCGCACGCGCUGCACGCGGCCGCGCUGCAGCCGCUGGCACUGCUGGCGCGCGCGCCGCCGCGCGACUGACGCGCGGCGCCGCUGUCGACACAUAUCCUCUCGUUGUAAAUAGUGCGCGGCUCCCGCGGUGUACAGACUAGUGUUAGCGUGUAUAUAGAUGUAUGUGCGGGCCGCUGCGCCUGCCUAGCCUAAGUUUAUAUUAUAUUAUUACGUGAAUUUUAUUUAUGUGCGAGCGCGGCGCGAUCGCCGCCGCCGCUGUACAGAGCUCAUAUCAGUUAGCGCACCACGCGACGACUAUGUAAGGUGGAUGUGUAGAAAACUAUCUAUAUGUUACAAUAAAACAUCAUAGACAUUA